AUGAAACACCUGGUGGGAUUCAACCGGCUGAGAAAGAUGAACGUCCAGACUCCCAUGGAGGUCACCGUGUCCGUGUUCAGGGGCCACCAGACUGAGGGCUUUGAGGAUCAGGGGCCGUUGGUGUCUGUGGUGGUGGAGCGUUGGUACAUGGCGCCUGGUGUCUGCAGAAUCCCAGUCACAGAGGGGGGCCUCACUGCAACCCUCUUCCUGCCCUCAGCCUCUGGACUUUUCCCUGGUAUCUUGGACCUGUGGGGAGGUGGAGGGAGGCUAGUGGAGUACCGUGCAGCACUGCUGGCCUCUCGUGGCUUUGCCUCUCUGGAUCUUGACUAUUUGACUCCUAAAAUCACCUUGGGAACAGGAGACAGGGUGGACACGGAGUACUUUGAGGUAAACACGCUGAUUACUGUAAUGACCAUUCAACCCCACUGUUAUCAGUGUAACACUGAAUUAGACUUUGACAAGAUUAUCAUUUGCCAUAGUGAUGAAAAGGAAAACGAUUUGGAAAAGUAAUAGGACAGCUUAUUAUUGAAAGCUCACUAAGUAGCAGUUGUGGUGGAGACAACCAUCCAUCAAUCCAUUUUCAACUGCUUAGCCAGGGCCGGUUUGCGGGGGCAGCAGUCUGAGAAAAGAGUUCCAGACUUCCCUCUCUCCGGACACUUCCUCCAGCUGUUCCGGUGGGACCCCAAGGCGUUCCCAGGCCAGCCAAGAGACGUAGUCUCUCCAGCGAGUCCUGGGUCUCCCUGGGGCCUCCUACCGAUUGGACAUGCCCAGAACACCUCUCGAGGCUGUUGUCCAGGGGGCAUCCAAACCAGAUGCCCGAGCCACCUCAGCUGGCUCCUCUCGAUAUGGAGGAGCAGUGACUCUACUCCGAGCUCCUCCCGGGUGACAGAGCCCCUCACCAUAUCUCUAAGGGAGCGCCCAGCCACCCUACGGAGGAAGCUCAUUUCGGCCGCUUGUAUCUGUUAUCUUGCCCUUUCAGUCAUGACCCAAAGCUACUGACCAUAGGUGAGGGUAGGACCGUAGAUUGACCGAUAAUUUAAGAGUUUUGCCUUUUGGCUCAGCUUGUGAACAAGACCCCAAGACACUUGAACUGCUCCACUUUGGGCAGGAACUCUCCUCAUAACCUGGAGAGAGCAAGCCACCUUUUUCCUGUC